AUGCCUUCGAAUCAAGUAAAUGGACAAAAAUAUUAUGAUCGCAAAAUGUCUGUUUUCAUGCUCGUACCUGCUCAAAUCCCAAGCAAGCCAUAUCGCCAUAUCCAUAUUUGGUACGACAGCGUUGGUUUUCACUACCCCUACAAAGCCACCCUAGACUUGCCAUAUAAAAAGAGACAAGGGACGAUGUCCCUAGAAGUUCAAAUAUUCGGCUAA